CACACAUAUCCCAAUUAAGUAUUAACGAAAAGUUUCAAGAUUCCCACACAUUUUAAGCUCAAUCAUCCCACUAAAGAUCGAGUAUUGAUCAUCACCAACACUUUUCCGCAAUAACCCAGAUCAUAUUUCCACCAGAGGUGCGUGUAACGAAGAUUUCAACCUCUUGCGACUUAAUUUGAAUUGCAUUGUUUGUCACUAUGUCCUUCUUUCGGCGUCGUGGAUCUUCUCACCAACAGCAAGAACAGGAGCAACCUGAGCUCCAAUCAGAAUCCAAGGUCAAUGAGCUUAAAGCUGCUCUUGGACCGCUUUCGGGGCGUAGCUUUCUAUACUGCACUGAUGCAUGCUUGAGAAGAUAUUUGGAAGCCCGAAACUGGAAUGUAGAGAAAGCAAAAAAGAUGUUGGAAGAAACACUUGCAUGGAGAUCAACCUAUAAGCCUGAAGAAAUCCGUUGGCAUGAAGUUGCAGUUGAAGGUGAAACGGGGAAACUAUUCAGAGCAAAUUUCCGUGACCGGUUUGGAAGAACGGUUCUGAUAUUGAAACCAGGGUUGCAGAACACAACAUCAAUGGACAACCAGAUCAAGCAUCUUGUGUACCUAAUGGAAAACGCUAUGCUUAAUCUUCCGGAAGGCCAGGAAGAAAUGGCAUGGUUAAUUGACUUUACCGGGUGGUCGUUUACCACUAGUGUACCAGUUAGAACCGCUAAAGACACCAUUAAUAUACUUCAAGAUCAUUAUCCUCAGAGACUAGCAGUCGCUUUUUUAUACGCGCCACCAAGAAUUUUUGAAGCAUUUUGGAAGAUUGUUAAAUUCUUCAUGGAUCCAAAGACAUCCCAGAAGGUGAAAUUUGUGUACCCGAAGAACAAAGAAAGCGUAGAACUCAUGAGAUCAUAUUUUGAUGUCGAUAACCUCCCAACGGAAUUUGGCGGGAAAGCAACCAUGAAGUAUGAUCAUGAAGAUUUCUCGAGAUUAAUGGCUCAGGAUGACGUGAAAGCUGCUAAAUUCUGGGGUUUUGACCAGAAGACGACUUCUUCAACCACCAGCUAUGCUGCUGGAGCAGCAGUGGCUCCAGAGCCCGUUGUGUAAACGGGCCAAACGAACUGAAUGCUAGAUAUUGUAGCAGCUAGGAGUUAUUAUACCAAGUGAAAGUGAUUUGAUUUGAUUGACCAUGGUACCUGGUCUUUGAUGGUUUAACUUUGAUAGCAAUUAGAUCAAUGGUGGCUUGAACUCUGUUGGUCUGCUAAUUUGGCGUAUGAUCUUUGAAUUAUGUGUGUUUGAUUUCAUUUGUGACCUUUGAUACGAAGUCUUUGAGCCCCGUUUGUA